AUGGAGCAAGAGAGAAACCUAGAGAUAGAUAAUCUUAGAAAUUCUAUUGCAGGUGGUCACCCUGAUAGAUUUAAAUAUGAUCCAGAGCAUGGAAAUAAGGUACUAGCUAAAAAGACAAAUCAAUUUGAGAUCGAGGCUUAUCAAAAGAUUUAUAUUGAUGAUGAGAAUCAUCCACACUAUAAAGCAAAUAUAAUUUUCAGAAAUUUCUUGCCUAAAUAUCAUGGUCAUCAUGAGGAAGAUGGUGAGAUUCAUAUUAAGCUUGAUAAUCUAAUGUUUGGAAUGGAAAAUGCUUCAAUUCUUGACUUGAAAAUGGGCACAUCGUCAAUCACAGUAAAUACACCCAAGAAACUAUAUGAAAAAGUAAGUUAAAAGGAUGCAAAGACCACAUCAGUUUCUCUAGGAUUUAGAGUCACUGCUUUGAUUGUUAAAGAUGAAAAAGGAGAAAUAGUAGAGAAAAUUAGAAAACCUCACGAAACUGUAGAUGCUUCAAACAUGCAUGAAUUUAUCAUUAAAGUCUUGAAAUCAAAUAGUCAUCCAGAGGUAAACAGAGAGGCUCUUGACUUCUUUAAACUAAGAGCAAUAGAAAUGUUAAACUAUUUCAAAAAUCAUCAUGCUAGAAGGAUUGCAGGAUCAAGUAUCCUUUUGAUUGUAGAUAAUAUCAAUAAGAGAUAUGAAAUGAAGAUUAUAGACUUAAGCUCUUGUGAGGACUUUGAAGAUCAAAGUAAGAGAGAUGAAGGAUAUAUUUUAGGAAUUGAAAGCCUUAUAUAGCUAUUUGAUAGGAUUUGA